AUGUUUAAAGUUCCUCCACCAGAUCACGAGAAUUCACCGUGGUUCGUGGGUUGCGUCAACGCCAGUAGCAGACUUUCUGCACCCAAAGGUGCCCGUGGCCUUGACCCGGUGACCUGCUCUGUGCGCUGCCUGGGUGAAGGGUACCAGGUUGCAGCGCUGACCUCAGAGGCUUGUUACUGUGGCAACUGGCAACAUGGUUUGGUGGCCGGUGAGUGUUUCAACACAUCUUCCACUGGAUGGACAAAGGACGUCACAGAAGAAAGACAAAGUGUCUUCUUCUUGCCUGUUGGAGGAGAACAAGGAAGUGUGGCACUCUACAAUACUGAAGGGCCAUUUCUGCACAGCGUCCGUCUGUCUACGUCUCCAGACAGAGUGCAGGCUGGGAAGACUUUUGUUGUGGAAGUUUCUGGAAACCUGGCUGGACGUCCCAACCAGCCCACAGGGAUUCCGGGUCUGGGAGGGCAGGACCUCUCUUACGUUGAUGUCGAGUUUCAGGAAAUGAGCCCUAAAGGUCAAAGUUCACAUCAUGUCAAGGUGUUGGAUGAUGGAUCCUUUCUUGUGUCAACUGAUUGGAUUUUGGAAACUCCAGGAAAAUAUGAACUCAACGUCAGUGUCUCCAACCCCCUCUCCACUCUCUCCUCCACCCUCCACCUCUCCGUCUUGCAGCCCCCUGCACACAGCUUGGUGCUCUCUGUGCUUCAUGGCCCCCUGGCUGUCCCCUCCUGCAUCCCUUCCCCACAGACACACUCCAACAGUGUGACUGUGGAGGCAGCGUACCUGGGCCACCCUGUCACACUGCAGGCAUACAUGCGUGAUGGUCUGGCAGUAGAGUUCUUUUGGUGGUUUACUGCCAAGGAAAAAGACAAACUCAUGGAGGGAGUAAAGACAACUUGCUUUCCCAACACAGGCUGCCUGAACAGCACGGUGAAAUGGACCUUUGAAACAGAGGGAGUUUACAUGGUGUCAGUGAACGCCUCCAGCGCCUAUGGAUGGACACAGGAGACUAUACAUGUUGUGGUCGUGCCUCUCACUGUUUCUGACCUCAGACUGAGUGUAUCGGGGAAUCAGCUGACUUCAGGAGAGGAGGUGUCUGUGGAUGUGCUGCUGUUCACCACCAUGGAGCACCUACUUGUCCUCAACCUCACACUGAACGCUGAGUCUGGCAGUGACGAUAAAAACAUCAGGGACAGCAUUAAAAUGACUCACGCAGAAAACAGCAACAAUCACGACUGUAACAACAGCAACCAUGGCAACAGCAGCUAUGAUAAGAGUCUUAUUCAAAACCACAAUAACAUUUAUUGUCAUGGUGGCAAUCACAGCUCAGAUCCGCACCACUUUGUUCCUCUUCAUCUCCUCCGUGCCUCCAACAGCUCCAGCUGCCAUUUGCACCUCCAGCUCCACUGCCGCCUCCCCACCGCUGCAGGACAGUAUUGGCUCACGGCGUCUCUUCUCCCCACCUCUGACCCUUUCUCAGUGCUGCUCUCCGCUGUCCUGCCUCAAGCCUUGAUGGUGUACGAGCAUAUAUGGGCCGUGAUGCCUGCUGGGAGUUGGAAGACAGCAGUUUUAACACAUGCAGAAUUCACCCUGGAGGUUGUCAGCCCUGCCAGCCGCAUGGGGUCGAGAGUUAAUUGGACUUUCAGUUUGGAUAAUGUAACUGUGAUAAACAGGACAACUGAACAGUGGGACGUUAAUGUGUCUUUUUCAACAGCAGGCCGUCAUACAGUGACAAUUAGGGCCUUUAACCCGAUCAGCUGGGCCUCAUUCUGCACACACAUCCUCGUUCAAGAGCCGGUUGGAAAGUUGGUUUUGAAUAUUCCAAGUGUGAUCACAACACAUCAAAAACACUCUGUUUUAUUUAGUGUCACAGCAGGGUCAAAUGUGACUGUGUCUCUGCUGGUGAAUGCAACAUUGGCAUACAGAAACAGCAGCUACACUACAGGAGAGGAGGCAACGGCGGUUUUGCUUUUCAACCACACCGGGACAGUUGUGGUUGAGCUUCGAGCUGAGAACCAAGUAUCUUCUCAGAACAAAAGUGUGAGAGUUUGUGUUGAGAGGAACAGGAAGGAGACACCUCACGUUAGAGUUAAUCAAACGUGGCAACCACCCACCAAUCAAAGUCCUGUUCACAACCUGACAGAAAACGUGCGGAUUUAUGCAGCAAAGCAAGCUUAUCCCACAAAUACUGAUGUGACUUUCCUGGCUGUGGCUGAAGUACCAGGCCCUGUGGAGUUCCUCUGGCACUUUGGAGACUCGAAAUCAGACAGAACCACCUCAAAGACCGUCACCAAAAGAUACAACCAACCUGGCAGGUAUGAUGUAGUUGUAGUCGUGUUAAGUGGCCAGACCUCGCAUACCUCCGAUGUGUUCCCGCUGGUAGUCCAGAGAGCAGUGAAGCUCAACAGGCUGCUCCACCAGGCCUCUGUCCUGCAGAACCAAACAGUGACGGUGAGCUGCCGGGUCAAUGUGGGGACCGACGUCUCCUUCCUGUGGAACUUUGGAGACGGAUCCUCCAAGCUGGGACAGGGCACAGAGCAGCACGUCUUCCACAGGACAGGAGAGUUCAGAGUGGGAGUAACUGUGUCUAACCUGGUCAGUUCUGCCUCUCUAAGUGCUCACAUCUUUGUUGUGGACUGGCCUUGUCAGCCUCCACCAGUGAAAAACAUGGGGCCUCUCAAACUUCAGGUGCGAAGAUAUGAGGUUGUCCGUCUGGGGGUAACUUUUGAGUCGGAAGUUGACUGUGACAUUUCAGGAGGCCUUCACUACACCUGGACCUUGUUUGACUCUGCAGGACGGGUCUUCCCUUUGCCUUUUAUAGACACACAUAGACAGAGCCUGAUACUGCCCAGCCAUCUCCUCCACUAUGACACCUACACUGCCACAGCUAGGGCUCAGGUCAUUGGCAGUGUGGUGUACAGUAACUACAGUGUGAGGGUGCAAGUGAUUCCUAGCCCUCCUGUGGCCUUCAUCCUGAGCGGCACCAACAUCUUCAUUUCCAACAGGAACACCACCGUGGUAACCCUGGACGGGCAGAGGUCUUAUGACCGAGACUUCCCCCUGAACCCAGUCAGCUUCAGCUGGACAUGCAAACCAGUCAGUCGCAUCACUAGCUCCUGUUUCCACCAUGAUGUUCCUACUUCAUCCUCUGUGCUCGUAUUUCCUGCUAGUUUCCUAAAACACACCUUCGACCAGUUCCAGUUCACGCUCACCAUCCACAGCGGUGAGCGUUCGGCUUCAACAGAGACCUUCAUUACAUUAACAUCAAACGUGAUUGGGAAGGUGUCAGUUCACUGCCCUCAGUGCCAGGGAGACCAGCUGAACUGGGAUCAGUCUUUCUCUGUCAGCGCCUUGUGUGAAGGCUGUGAUAUUUCUCCAAAGUACAUCCAGUACACUUGGAGUCUGUACUUGGUCAAUGCUUCGUCCAAGCCUGUCAUAGAAGUUCCGUUUUGUUACAAAGUGGAUCUCAGUGCGCCGUCUACCAUCAUGGAGAGUCCUGCCUCUUCCCCUCAGACCCCUGUGACUUCCACCCUGCAACAUCCUGCUGCAGAUGCUUCACAAUACAACCAUGCGGCCAAUAUCUCUACUUCUCUCUAUCCAUUUGAGAAUUUCUCUAAAAAUAGAGUUGACGUGACAGACAGCGGAAGAAAAUUGUCAAACAACAGAAAGAGGUCCACUAUGGCUGAAGUCAAGCCCUCACCUAUCUCUUUUCUUGCCAACAAAGGAACAGCAGGAUCAGGAGAGGAGCCCUUUUAUCCCCGUCUGGGAGAGUUUCACCCUCCAAAGCCUUUGUACUCCUCCACUGAAUACCCACCACUUGCCUUUGACAACAGUGGCGCCAUAUUUUUAGACCACUUUGACCAGAGAGACGUUAUCAGUGAAUUCCCAACAGAUUCGGACUCCUCUGCUGACUGGGAGUUUUCUUUUCCUGUGGAGAAUGAUGGCAUGGGAGGUCGACAAGAUUCAGAUUAUGAUGUUCCCUUGAUGAGCGCAGAGGAAGGAGACCCAGGGAUUUCAGCAGGAAGACCCACAGGUGUGGAUGGUGAGAGCUUCAGUCCAGGAGAUGAUUACGUGUUUGAUCCGGCAUUAUAUGAAGAUGAGGGGAGUAAUCUAAUACAUUCCAGGCCAUCUGUUGUAAUCCAGGAGCCAAUCCUGCUUGAUUUAGUUCGAGACCCUAUUGACAGAGGCCUUUUUGAGGCCUACACUCAUACAGGUAUUUCCUCCCCUUUAAUCAGUUUCCGCCCAUUCAGUCUGAGAGCUGGGAGCAGAUACAUGUUGGAGGUCACUGCCAAAUCUCCUAAUAGUUUCCUGGGCCGGACUCAGCUAUUCUUAAAAACCAACCCUGCUCCUAAAGGCAUGAUGUGCCAGGUGCAACCAGUCAAAGGAAUGGAGUUGUGUACACAUUUCAGCAUCUUCUGCACCUCGGGGAAAGAGGACUUAUUGUAUGAGUACAGCAUCAGUGUAGGAGACGGACCUCCUAGGAUGCUGUAUCAGGGGCGAGACUUCCAGUACUACUUCAGCCUUCCUUCUGGUGACCCCAAUGAUGACCAUAAAGUAACUAUUUACACAGAGAUCAGAAGCAGCACGUAUCGGACGGCCACUAAACCCUGUCCUGUCACUGUUCAAGUCCAACCAAGCUUCUUCAGAGAUACCUCAUCUUCGUCCCAUCUCGAUCCUGAUCUGGAGCUUUCAGAGUCAGGUCUGAGGAACCUGUCCGCUCUAGUGCGUCUUGGCAACAGUGUUGAGAUUCGUUACUACGUCAGUCUCCUCUCCGGCAUCCUGAACAGACUCAGCCUGGACACCGAGGCCAACACACACACACAGAGACGCACACGCAGUGUGCUCAUUAGCACAUUGUGUGAGCUUGAGAGCAGUGAACAGGCUUCAAUGGAUGACAACAUCUUCAUUCUCAAAAAUCUUUUACAGGUUUCAAACCAGGUGACUUUGGCGAGUGCAAGACGAGUAACAGUUUAUGUUCAGGUCAUAUCAGAGCAGUUCUCGGAGACCAGUGCUCCAGUCCGCUACUAUCUGGAGCAGAAGACACUAAACGCCCUGUUGGCCCUGCUCUCAUACAGCCUGCAAGCUGCCGUCACUAGGAAUGACGUCACAGCGGAAAUGUCUUCUAGCGCUGAUAUCACACUGACAUUAGAAUCAGACUUACAUGAUGAAAUACAAGACUCACCCAGAGGUGUUUACAUGGAACGAAGAGAAUCAAUUUCAACAAAGCAUGAAGUGCAGCUUGUUGCUGAAAUUUUGCAGACUGCUUCCGACCUGAUGCUGAAGUACGUCUUGUUUCACAAGGUUGAGGAGCACAGAGUCAGCAUCGGUCUUAUGGCCUUAUACGCCACAUACCAAAACCAAACUACCACAGUCAUCAGCAGUGGCUCAACUACCUUCUACAUGCCUGCCGCCCUCAUCCAGCUUCUGUUUCUUCAUCACAGUAGAGAGACUGAGAGCAGACCGCAUCAACCGUGUGUGCUCAGCAUGCUGACUGAGCUCACCAACAGCCCUUACACCUGGGCCCACUAUCCUGGAAGGCUGAGUGGACCAGUGGUUGACCUGAGUCUGUACAAGUGCAGCACGAGGAGAAAGAUCCCAGUUCGCUCCCUCAUUCUGCCAAUAACCAUUAAGCUACAACAACCAUCAACAAACAAGAGCUCUGCAGACGAGUACAUCCUCCUGCGUGGCCAGGUCAACUACCACAGCUUCAACAUUACCCAGGAGCACUUGCAGCAGGCCAUCCAGCUGAGUGUGGUGUUCACCCCACCGCUCAACAAGGCGUUUCCCAUCAUGCUGCUCUUCAGGAUGUUUGAGAGGCCGACUCCCAGCAUGCACCAUCUGCAUAGGAUCCACCACUGGGAGAGCAACAUCUCCCGCUUGACUAUGCCUCCAUCCUACCUCAGUGCUGCAGGGCUUGGUCACCUGGCCCUGCUGAAUGCUGAUUUUAAGAAAGGAGCCCUGCACAAGCCCCUGAGUGAACACGUCAGCUACAGUCUCACAGUGGAGAGCAGCCUGUGUUUGACCUGGGACGGCCACGAGGGGGCCUGGACUCACCACGGCUGCAGGACCCAGCAAGCAGACUCAACUACCGCAGUCAACUGCAGUUGUCACCAGUUGAGGCGGCUGACUGUGGUGCAGCAGCAGAUCCAGAGCAGCCAUGACUCAACCGAUCUGGACCCGUUCCUAAGCGUGUCUAGUGAUCUGACAGUGCUGGGUGUGCUGGUACUGUGUGUGUUCCUGUACAUCCCGGGGUUGGUGGUGUGUAAGCGAGCUGACGUCUCUGAGGCGAAUCGGAGAGUCCAGUACCUUUCUGACAACUCUCCGUGUGACCCGUAUCUCUAUGCUGUUACAAUCCACACUGGUCUCUGCUCUGCAGCUUGUUUGAGUGCAAAGGUUUACAUGGUGCUGCAUGGUGAUGAUGGGUUCUCGCAGACAAGAGAACUAAAAGUCCCAGGAUGUACUCUGUUCAGGAGGAACUCUAAAAAUACCUUUAUAAUCAGUGCAGCAGACAGCCUGGGUCCAGUGUGGGGGGUUCACAUCUGGCAUGACAACUCUGGACCCUCCCCGAACUGGUACCUCAAACAGGUGGAGGUAUCCGAGGUGAGCAGAGGCCACGUGAAGGGACGUGCUUGGCUCUUUGUUGCUCAGUGCUGGUUGGCUGUGAACAAAGGUGAUGGCCGGGUGGAGAGAAUGCUGCGAGUUUGCACUGAGGGAAUAGGCUUUGCUAAGAUGUUGUGUCUCAAGCUAUCUGACUACUUGGCCGACCACCACAUCUGGUUGUCUGUGUACAGCUGCCCCUGCCCUAACUCGUUCACACGCACUCAGAGACUUAGCGUGAGCCUGCUGCUACUGCUGGGAUACGCAUGUGUCAACACAGUAAUCAUAUCACAAAUGAAUAAUCCGUUACCAUUGGACUUGGGCAUUGUGGAUGUAUCAGCUGUUUCUGUGGCAACAGGAGUAUUAAGUGUUGUGGCAGCAUUGCCAGCAGCAGCAGUUCUAUCCCUCCUGUUCCGACUGCGUGAGGUCAGGCUGACGUGGUCAGGGGUCCAACAUGCAAAGGGCAGAAAGACUGAAAAGGACUUUUUUCAAGAUGCCCUUUCAGUGAAUGGCAGUACAUUUGAGCCCCAUCUCGCUUGGAACAGUCCCCAGCAGUGGGCAAGGAAAGCCUGGGGGAAGAAAUACCAGGGUGCAGACCGGCUGUCAGUGUCCUCUACAAUUCUGAAAAAUAAAAACACAGAUAAAGAACCUGAUGUGAUCGUGAGAAAGGAGGAAGCUCUAGCAGUUGUGAACAACAUGGGGCCGACGCUUAAAAAAGUGUUGCUGAUCACUGAGGGAAACAAUGUUGAUCAAGCACCUCAGGGGAAAGAUUUUGAUCUUGUAAGUGAAAGCAGCCGGUUUCAUGCAACCCAGAGUGCUCUUUUGUCCGGUACGUGGGAUGGAGGUCAAGCUAUUCAGAAGGAGAAAGAUGUUCAAGGAAAGUGUUCUUUAGACUGCAGCUUUGGGGAAGACGGCCAUCACCAGGCUGCUGGUAACAGCAUUUAUUACCUCAUCGCCACGCUAAAAGGGAAAGGAUUCAGACCAGUGUCUCUGUGGUGUCACUAUCUGGCCUGGUCGUUGUGUCUGCUGCUGUCUGUCUCCUGUCUGCUGCUUGCUGCAGUGCUGGGAAUGAGUUUCUGCAGCAGCAAGGCUCUGCUAUGGAUACACUCUCUUUUUUUCUCCCUGAUGUUUUGCAUCUUCCUCAUCCAGCCAGCCGUGAUAAUUACAAUGGCAGUGACUGUCUCCCUUUGGUACAUGAAAAGAUCAGACUUUCAUACUUUCUUCAGUAUAAGAGAGUUUGAGAUAGAGACUUCAAAACAGCAGAGCCAGAAUGGAGCUAAGCCGACAGAAGAGCAGUUUGGGUCAUCUGCCUUUCCCCAGGAAAGAUGCUCAUACCUUGAAAAGCUGCUCAGAGCUCGUCAGCGAGCCCGGUACCUCCAUCUUGUGCGGCCGCCGACUCCAGCAGAGCUGAGGAAGACCCGCAGAAAGAAAAGAAGAGAGACACUAUUCCAUAACACUCUCAGGGAUUUGUCUGUCUGUGGCUCCAUGCUCAUCCUGAUGCUUUGUAUAAGUCAUGGCAGCUCAUUCACUAACCAUUACCACCUCAAUAAAGCUGUCAAAAAACAGUUUAUAAGGGGCGAUGAUAAUGCAUUUAUGUCCAUACAAAAGCAUGAGCACUGGUGGAAGUGGGCACAGACCAGUCUUCUUAAUUCACUGUACAAGAAUUCAUCAGCCAUAACUGAGCAGUCGCACAUUUUGUUUGGAGAUCCAAUCCUGUGGAAGACAGAGGUGUCCAGCUCAUUUCAGGGCCAGAUCUCUAGUGGGACUCUUUUGCCAGAAUGUCUUCGCUUAUUCAUGUCUGGCAGCAGAACAUCCACUCAACCCCCAACUAAAGACUUGGUUCCUAUUUCAAUGCCUCCAAGAACAUGUGGUCACCUGGGCUGCUACUUUGGACCAAGUGCUACACUUGGCUUGGGCCACAUGAAGUCUGACGCAGCAUCCAAACUAAAGCUCCUGCAUGCAGGCGGCUGGCUGGGCAGACAGACGGUGGCCAUCCACUUCACUUUGUUCAGCCCUGCACCCAACCUGUUCACCAGUGUGACCAUGCUCGCUGAGCAGAGCCCCACCGGUGUCCUGCUGCCCUCUGCUAAAGUCCAGUCAGUUAGGGUGUAUCACACUCCCACUGUAAGGGACUAUGUUGUCAUGUUGUGCCAGCUCCUCUUCCUUUUUUUGUCUCUGUUUCAACUCUGGGGUCAAGUGUACGCUGUAGGGCAGCAAGGGCUGAUAGGAUACUUGAGGACACCCUGCAACUGGUUGGAAAUCAUUUUGCUGACUGUAUCUUUAAUGUACUAUGUUUAUCACAUCUAUCACUCCAUUAUUAUCAUGGUGGUUGUGCAGCAGCUGCAGAGACACAACUACAGAGGACAUGGUGAUGUCAGCCUCCUGGCUACCUGGGAACAAUGGAUUCGUACUCUACGUGGCGUUACACUCUUCCUUCUCACCAUGAAGUGUGUGACUGUGUUGGGGGUGAACAGGACUUUGGCCACCUCUGCUGCACUCAUCACCCGAUCACUCUCCACCCUUUUCUUGCCAACGGUUUCAGGUCUCAUCCUGAUGGUGGCGCUGUCCUGCGUGGGGAAUCUCCUGUUUGCACAAAGCUCCUGGGCAUUCAGCUCACUUUCUCGCUCCGUUCGGACCCUGCUCUGUCACCGCUGGGCCCUCAGGGCCCCAAGGGGCCUCCUCUUCUCUGGGCAGGAUUUUCUUUACCAUGGAGUUCUCUGUCUGUCCUCUGUGGUGUGGACAGCAGUGGUGAUAGGUGUGGUGUCCUCAUUGGUCAGAAGUGCCAAAAGAUGUCAAAGCAGGAGGAAUGUCUUCACCGUAGCAGAAUUAGCAGGCUACAUCAGACGGAGGGUCUCGGAGUUUACUGGGCAGCAUGGACCCGCAUGGAUUGAAAAUCACGAGCAAGUGAGGACUUACUACUUCGAGGAGUUUGAAAGCUUAGUAGAUGAACUAUUGCUCAGACUUAACACCCUCUCAAACAGUCUGCACCAAACUCAGAGCCCGGACACCCAUUGCUACAGGGAGGACAGUCCUGUCAUCUCACCCCUGAUACAGGAGCCCUCCUACAUGGACGCACAGGAUUUUGUAAAAACCAAAAUGACAGAAGAGACAAAUGUGAAUGAUCUCACAGAUGUCAGUGGCCAUGAAGAAACCUGUCCUGCAUCUUACCUGCUCGGAUCCAAGCUUGAACUGGAGACACAGCAGUUCCUGAAGCAUAGAGGCCAAAGCGGAGACCAUUCCCCCUCCGACAUUGUAGUGGUAUCGGAUAAAUUGCAACAACCUGGAACGAGAGCUGGAAAAAAACCAAAAGAUCAAGGGCGCAAGAUUUUUUUAAAGGCACAGGACUUCCUGCCCCUCCCAGAGUCGGUAUCACUCAUCACGGUUUGGACAGAAGAUGUUCUGGACAAGCAAGUUGACCAAUGGACUAAAACGAAAGACAGUUGCUGCUUAGGUGAAACGCAGGCCACACAUACAGAGGUGCUGGUUGAAGUUCUGAUCCAUGAGAAGCCCGGGAGUGUAGAGCCAGAUGAACAAUAGGGUCAUGUGGAGAUAACAUUUGUGGCUGGGACACUGCAAGCAUUUAAAAAAAACAAGACCUGCAAAGUCUGUGUUUCUGUUCUAUUAAGAUAUACUGUAUUUUACUGCAUGUGCCCAGCCUCUUAGUUCAACUCCUUUUUUUGCUAAUAAGAUUAACGGGAUCACAUAACCAUUUGAAAUAAGUUUUCCACGAGUUUUUGAUACUUUGUAUUUGCAUUGUUGAUCAGUAUACUUCCUGACUUUGAAGUUUAGUAGUGACCAUUUUAUUAAUGGUUUACCAAACUCUAAUAAAU